CGAGAGUUGCCGAAUCAUCUGUCCUGCCCGGACUGCUGGAAGCGGCCACAACGCCAUGUUGGCGAAGUCUCUCAUCUCUGUGAGAAAAAAAUGAUAGAAAACAUACGUACAGAGAAGAAAAGGUAGAUCGCCGAGGAGGGAUUGAAGAUUGCGGCGAUUAUUUAUUUUUGAAAGAAACGAAACCGAGCCGGAUCCGCAAAGGUUCCGGACGGACGAGGGAGGCUAAACCUCCCACCGUCCCCAUGCACAGCACGGCUGAUCCGAGCGGCGACUUUCCAUGAAAAAAAGAGACGUUUGUGUUGCUAUUCGAGCGUCGUUAUCCCACUUCGUUAAAGGGAUUUGGGGCCUGCUUCAAGAAUCUGCUACGCUUGCUCCAUGCAUGCCAGCUAGGCGUCGUUUGUAUCAGUAUUUAUUACGGUAUUGUUUUUAUUUGUUAAUUUUUUUGCAAUGAGUUCGCCACCGAAAGUGGUCCCCAAACCCGCCGCUGUCGCAGUCAGUGGACCUGGAAGUGGCACCUCUCCGUCGAGCCAACUGCGGGCUACCCUGACCUCCGUGUCUCUGCCGCCGGGAGCCCAGACGGCUCCUCAGCCUGUACCGCCACCUCAAAUCCCCCGGGUUCAGCCGACACUGGACGACCGAAUCUUCCCCACACAACCCGGAGUGGCUGCAGUCUACAGCAGUGCCACAGACAUUGCUGUUUUUUUGAGGCAGAGCCAACUGAAGUUCAGUGCAGGAGAUGCGCACCAGUUUCCUCCUAAGAACAUUGUAACCUUUAUGAAGGUACCCAGGCAUGCUGGCCCUCCGUACACUGCUCACGACAUCACAAAGGGACACCCUAGCUUGGCGGGCACCCCACCCGGUCAUGCCCACUCCCCAGCACUCUCUCAGGUAUCACUACCCACAGCUUCCCAAUAUCGCUACCCUAAGGGCUGGGAGGCAGGCGGAGGGUCUCCAUACAACCCUGGACAAAAUGCUGUUUCCGCCCCUCUCGUGUAUUCUCCCCAGACACAGCCAAUGAAUGCACAGCCACAAAGUCGCCCGUUUGCUACGGGCCCUCGACCAACCCACCAUCAGGGAGGAUUCAGGCCCAUCCAGUUUUUCCAGAGGACUCAGAUGCAGACUGCGCGGCCUACCAUCCCCACGAACACAGCCUCCAUACGGCCGGGAUCACAGGCUCCCACGGCGGCCGUGUACCCCACUAACCAACCCAUCAUGAUGGCCAUGGCGCCCAUGCCUUUCCCUUCCCCACAGGCUGCACAGUACUACAUCCCACAGUAUCGCCACAGUACGCCCUACGUGGGACCUCCUCAACAGUACUCUGUGCAGCCUCCAGGGACUGGCACCUUCUAUCCUGGUCCAGGUCCAGGGGAGUACCCUGCCCCAUAUCAUCCCCUCAGGUACCACCCGCCUGUCUCACCCUCUGUUCCUGCUCCCGUCCCCACAGCUGGUCCGCCCUACUACCCAGGACAGAGUGUGUAUCCCCCCUCACCCCCCAUCAUAGUGCCUACACCACAGCAACCUCCACCAGCCAAGCGCGAGAAGAAAACAUCCUCCCAGAUCCGUAUCCGUGACCCCAAUCAGGGUGGCAGGGACAUCACAGAGGAGAUCAUGGCAGGGGGUUCAGGGAGCAGGAAUUCAACGCCUCCUGUCGGCCGGCCCUCCUCUACCCCUACACCCCCGCAGUUUUUAUGGGCGCACCCUCAUUAUCCUCACAUUUUCUACCUCAAAACGCAGCAGCAGCCGAGCAGCAGCCAGACACCAGAGCAGCAGCAGCCUCCUCAGCCACAGCAGGCCCAUCCUGGAGGUUACACGUUGGAGCCACCACAGCCCCAACAGCCACAGCAGCCAUCGACCACUGGGGCUUCAGAUACCAAACCAGGGCCAGAACAUGCUGCACAUCGACUGCUUUCACUUUCAUUUCCCACACAAGAUGAUACGCCAAAACUGGAGCCAGUUGUCCAGAAGUCUUCCUCGCCCGGGCUUGUGCAGCCUGAAGCCCCUGUCGAGAGACUUGAGGCCAAAGCUACUGUCACUGAGCUCUCUUCUGCUGUUGAACCAGAGCUUCCCUUACCUGCUUCAGUGACCGCCGCCGUCGCUCUCCCUCUGUCAGCGGCCAACAACAGUGAGCGUCCCUCAGCCAGGGAGUCCACUGCUUCAGCCUCUUCUUCCUCCUCCGCAGUCGGGGAGCACAAGCCCUCUUUGGCGACAAGUCAGACUCCCAACACAGACGAGCCUCUCUCAGACGCUCCGCGAACUCCGGCCGCCUCGCCAGCGCCGGCUCCCAAGGCUUUGAACGGCCUCGAGGACUCCGGGACCGAGCUGGACGCCCUGGCUCACGAGCCUUCUCUUCCGUCUUCAGCUGCACUCCAGCCCCCAGCCUCUGCUCCUGCUUACAGAGAGGCGGCCUCCUCUGAAACUCUGCCCUCUGACGUGAGGCCCGAGUUACCCGUUGCUGCUGCGCUCGCCCCUAUGGCACCUGUGGCCGUGGUGCCAGUCACCCUGACCUCAAGUCCCGCCCCAGCUUUGCCAGUCACGCUCCCCCUCGGCCUUCCGCCUCUAGUGCAGGCCACGACAGAGGCCGGCGAGCCGAGCAAGUCCUUAGACACUAAAGACAUCGUCCCCAAGGCGGGGACAGGGGCACAUGGAGGCAUUACAGACAGCAAAACAGAGUCCCAGCACCAAGCACUCACCAGGAAGAGUCCCACUACAGUUAAUCAGACUGCUUCUGCUAUACCAAAGAGCUGGAGGAAACCAAAGGAAGAGAUCGCUGCUGGAGACGCACCUCAAAAGGAAGAUGAGGACGAGCCCAGGCCAGUAGAGCAGCCUGCUGGAGACCAGGACCUGCAGUUGGCUCCUGUGAGCAGCAGCCCGGUGCCGCUGCCAUCCGUCCUCACCUCCACCGCUGCUCCAGCUCCUGCCAGCAGCCCCGAGGUUGACGGAAAGCCCGCCGCCAUCCCAGAGGAGAACGGCGAGGCGGAGAUGGAGCCCAUGAGGAACGGGGCAGGUCACACCUCAGAGACGGAGAGCAGCGACAGCGGAGUCACCUCCGGAGAGAAGGAGAACUCCACAGGGGCCCCGCAGGACAUGGAAGACCUGGCCGAGUCCAGUGGGAAGCGUCAGUACAACAGGGACUUCCUGUUGGGCUUCCAGUUCAUGCCCGCCUGCGUACAGAAGCCCGAGGGUCUCCCGCCCAUCAGUGAUGUGGUGCUGGACAAGAUUAACCAAAACAAGUUGCCAUCUCGAGUGGUGGAGUCCAGGGUGAUUUCCAGGGGACCGGAUUUCACACCUGCUUUUGCAGAUUUUGGCAGACAGAUAACCGGAGGACGAGGCGCUGCGCUUAUGAACAUUGGGGCUCGGCGGCCUCCACCCAGGAAGAUCAUCAUGAACGUGUCGGUUGAUGAGAUUCAGCUGAAAAAAUCUGAGAAUGCCUGGAAACCGGGCCUGAAGAGGGCGGAGGUCCUUGCAGACGAUCCCGCGGUGCAAGACACACAGGAGCUCUUCAAGAAGGUCCGCAGCAUCCUGAACAAGCUGACGCCUCAGAAGUUCAACCAGCUGAUGAAGCAGGUGACGGACCUGACCAUCGACACAGAAGAGAGGCUCAAAGGGGUCAUCGACCUGGUCUUUGAGAAGGCCAUCGAUGAGCCCAGCUUUUCCGUGGCCUAUGGAAACAUGUGCCGCUGCCUCGCCACGCUCAAGGUGCCGAUGACAGACAAACCCAACACCACAGUGAACUUCCGCAAGCUGCUGCUAAACCGCUGCCAGAAGGAGUUUGAGAAAGACAAGGUGGACGACGUGGUGUUUGAGAGGAAGCAGAAAGAGCUGGACUCUGCUGCAUCGACGACAGAGCGCGAGCGGCUCCAGGCGGAGCUGCAGGAAGCCAAGGACUUGGCGCGGCGGCGCUCCAUCGGCAACAUCAGGUUCAUCGGCGAGCUCUUCAAGCUCAAGAUGCUGACGGAGGCCAUCAUGCACGACUGCGUCGUCAAGCUGCUCAAGAACCACGACGAGGAGUCCUUGGAGUGCCUGUGCAGGCUGCUCACCACCAUCGGCAAGGACCUGGACUUUGAGAAGGCCAAGCCCCGGAUGGAUCAGUAUUUCAAUCAGAUGGAAAAGAUCGUCAAGGAGAGGAAGACGUCAUCUCGGAUACGCUUCAUGCUGCAAGACAUUAUGGACCUCAGAUUGCACAACUGGGUGUCCAGGAGAGCCGACCAGGGCCCGAAAACCAUCGAGCAGAUCCACAAGGAGGCAAAGAUUGAAGAGCAGGAGGAGCAGAGGAAAGUGCACCAGCAAAUGCUCUCCAAGGACAGCAAGAGACGGCCAGAUCCCAGAGAGCAAAGAGAACAGAGAGAUCAGCGCGUGCAGAGAGAAGAGACCUGGAACACUGUGCCCGUGACAAAGAACAGCAGGACCAUCGACCCCACCAAGAUCCCAAAGAUCUCCAAGCCUCAAAUGGAUGAGAAGAUCCAGCUGGGCCCCCGGGCUCAAGUCACGUGGGGGAAGGGCAGCAGUGGAGGAGCCAAGGCCAGUGACUCAGAACUAUCACGGACAGCUGGCCUCAAUCGUUACUCUGCGCUGCAGUCGACGCCUUCUCCUCAGCCCUCCACCACUCCUCCACAGAACCCAGACUUUGACUCCAGGAGAACUCUGGGAAGUCGUAACAGUGCGACGAGGGAACGCAGUGAGAAGCCGGUGAUCUCUGCCCCUCCGUCGUCACGGCCCGUACCGUUCACCAGGGGGGGCAGUUCGAAGGAGCUGCUGGAGAGUCCAACCCCCGAGGAGCCGCGGAGAGACCGGGAGCGAGAGGGAGCCGAGCCCUGGAGACUGAGUGUCACCGAGGACAAAACGGAGCCGGAGAGCAGCCGAGUCAGGGAACCUGUGAAACCGGAGCCAGUGGUCCAGACCUCGGAAAGACCUCCUAUGUCUGAGGACGAGACGGAGAGGAAGUCCAAGUCCAUCAUCGACGAGUUCCUGCACAUAAACGACUACAAGGAGGCUGUUCAGUGUGUGGACGAGCUCGACCUGGGCUCUCAGCUGCACAUCUUUGUGCGUGUCGGGGUGGAGUCGACCCUGGAGAGGAGUCAGAUAACUCGGGACCACAUGGGCCAGCUCCUCUUCCAGCUGGUGCAGCAGGGCAUCCUGCCCAAACCUCAGUUCUUCAAAGGGUUUGCAGACAUGCUGGAACAAGCGGACGACAUGUCCAUCGACAUUCCCCACAUCUGGCUGUACCUGGGCGAGCUGCUCACUCCGGUGCUGAAGGAAGGGGGCUUCUCUAUGAGAGAGCUCUUUAGUGAAUUAAGCAAACCUUUGCUUCCUGUGGGAAGAGCUGGGAUCUUAAUCUCUGAAAUACUGCACAUACUAUGCAAACAAAUGAGCCAUAGGUCUGUGGGUUCUUUGUGGAGGGAAUCUGGCCUCGACUGCACCGACUUCCUGCCAGAGGAAGAGGACGUCGAGGCUUUCAUCUCAGAACAGAAACUCCAGUUCGUUCUGUCGGACGGCUCCGGUCCCGAGGAGGCUCUGUCCAAAAAGAUCUUGUCUCCUGAGGAGCUGAGCCAGCAGCUGGAGAAACUCCUCCUGGAGGACAUGGCCAGCGACGAGCAGAUCUUUGACUGGGUGGAGGCAACCCUAGAUGAAUCUCAGAUGAGCUCAUCUCCCUUCCUGAGGGCUUUGAUGACAGCUGUGUGUAAGGCAGCAGUGAAAGAUGAUAACACCAACUGUCGAGUGGACACGGCCAUCAUCCAGUGGAGAUUGCCUGUAUUACUCAAGUACCUUAACUCAGACACUGAGCGACAGCUGCAAGCACUUUAUGCACUUCAGGCGCUGAUCGUCGCCCUCGAUCAGCCUCCAAACCUUCUCCGGAUGUUCUUUGACUGUCUGUAUGACGAGGACGUGAUCUCGGAGGAUGCUUUCUACAAGUGGGAGACGAGCAAAGACCCUGCUGAGCAGCAGGGUAAAGGUGUGGCCCUCAAGUCUGUCACGGCCUUCUUCACCUGGCUGCGGGAGGCGGAGGAGGAGUCGGAAGACAAUUGACGAGGGAGACACCCGGGGGACGCGACGUAGUAGAACUGCAUCCUUACAGCAGAACAAACAAAUAAACAUUCAAAAUGGGUGUGUGGGCAGGACGACAUGUUUUACGGCUGGAAUUUUUUUCUGCGGUACGGUUCGGAAAACAUGCCGCCAUUUUGAGUUUGGAUUCCAACGGCGGAAGCACUAAAUACCUGUAUUAUACAUAGAAAAUAUUUUUGUUUUAAAUUUUAACUUACUUUUGUUUUGUUACUUUUUAAGAAGAGACUUAAAAGCUACAUAGGUUCUGGACUCUUUAAUUUAUUAUUUUUUUAAGGACUGCAAAUAUGAAAGUUAUUUAACAUUUGCAGAUGCUCACAAAUGAGAACAGAAAUAACAAUAUAAUUAAUUAUAAUAACAAAAUAAUAAUUGUGAAAUAAAUAGCCUCCCUGGAUUCCACACUGUUUGGUUUAAAACGGGGUAAAACAAAGUUAUUUUGGGAUGACGGGGAAGCGGAGAUAAAAAGGAGAGGAUGCACAGAAGCUAUUAACGUUGUCCGUGUAUGACGUUUUGAGGUCAAAGGUUAUCUCCUAAUAACCAGAAGGUGUUUCCCUCAGCCUUGGCUAGCUCUACGUUGAUUUGUACAUACACCUCGUGAGAAGCAGAGGUAUGCAUUCGAGAAGCGAUGCAAGUCAGUCCACAGAACUGUCAAAACAAAUGCAGAUGAACAAACCGGAUACAUUGAAAUGAAACGAGCAAAAAAUUGCAACAUUAAAAAGCAAAUGGCCAAGGUCACUGAACGUGAAAUGCUUGUAAUACUUCAGACCUACAGAGCAGAUUAAAGCUUGUAAAUACAUUAAAGACAAAAAAGGUAUUUGAAA